GCGUCAAAUGUAAUUAGAUUUGGGCAUAGGCAUGGCUUGUCACCCUAGGCAGGUUACCAGCCUCUAUUGGAACAGAUCAUCACCUUCACACAAGUCUCGAGUGUAAUGCACCCAGAUUCGGUUCCGGAAGACAUUUUCAUCGCCUUUGGUGCAUUAUUAAGCAUUGAUGAUGUGUUCUCAAUGAGAAAGUGUGGCUCAAAGCAUUUCUAUUGGAUGUCGCUUUCGAAAGCAUUCUGGCUUGCCUGGAUAUAUGAGAACAUUGUCAAAGCAGGUCUGUGGACGCCACAACACCUCAGCGGAUUACGCUCCUCACCAAGGGCUGUUCUGGAGCGCCUCGCUGUUCGGACUUUCCGUCUCUUGCGCAACCGUAGCCUACGGGCUUUGCGUCCCCGAUGUCUUAAGAAUAUUCAAUGCAAUGCUAGUUCCAUAUCAUGGAUCACUCUAUACGGAGGCCGUUGGCUCUUCCUCGCAUCUACGCAGGGAACGUUCGAGCUCUGGGAUAUCCACCAUGAUCAGCGUCGUCAGCCACUUGAUCUCCAUUCUACUGGUGGAUGGGUAUGCUCGGGGCUGGUUCAUUCUCUUCAAACUGAUGUCGAUAAUCCUAUUCUUGUUGUCUCGUACAGGUGACUCGCGUUCGAUCCCAUCCGUGUGGUGUUACUUACAUUUGAUAUCAGCAAUCAUAGUUCUCAGCUGCUAGAAUGCGCAUUAGGUGGUCAUUCCACACUCACU